GUUUUGUAGUCUGAUUGCUCAGGGGCGAUGGCGGCGGUGCGUAGUUUGCAGGUGUCAGUCAAGCCAGAUACCGGGUCGGAUCGGUCCGAGUCGGACUCCGAAUCUGAACCGGACCGGGACCCCCGCGACCCGGAGCCCAUGGAGGUUGAAGAGGGGGAGCUGGACUCGAUCUUGGUCCAGCGGUCACUCAAAGAUCUGCUGCCGGACACAAGCCGGCGUUACGAAAACAAAGCUGGCACGUUCAUCACAGGGAUCGAUGUCACAUCCAAGGAAGCUGUGGCAAAGAAGGAGCAGAGGGCCAAGCGCUUCCAUUUGCGAGCCGAGGAGAGUCUGGCCCAGAGGAACGUGGUCCUGGAUCGGGAAACAAUAAAGAAAGCCAUCCCGCGAGCGCGGUUGGAGGCGCUGCACAUGACUGGAGUGGAAGAGAUGAGCACGCAGGACAUUUUCGGCUACUACAAGCAGUACCCCCCAGCUCAUAUUGAAUGGAUCGACGAUGCCUCAUGUAACGUGGUGUGGCUGGAUGACGUGACGUCGACCCGAGCCCUGAUCAACAUCAGCCGCAUGCCUGACCUGGAAACGGAGGCCAGCAAGAUGAGCCCGGUGAAGAGCCAGCCGGAGACCGGCGGUAGAGAUCGGCGAAGUCAGGACUCUGACGAGGAGACAGAGGAGGGAGAGGUGGAUGACGAGAGUGUGAGCGAGAGCGAUGGGAAAGCGAGUGACAGCGAGGCUGAGGAGAAGAAACCUGCCCCAGAGAACGAGACUGAUUUAUUAUCUCAGGCGGAGAAAGAGUCCCUUCUUCGUAAUGACCUUCGACCUGCCACCAAACCAUUUAAAGGAAACAAGCUCUUUAUGAGGUUCGCCACACAGGAUGAUAAGAAAGAAUUGGGAGCAGCCAGAAGAAGCCAGUAUUACAUGAAGUAUGGAAACCCCAACUAUGGGGGCAUGAAAGGGAUCCUCAGCAACUCCUGGAAGCGGAGGUUCCAUACCCGGCGUAUUCAGCGGGACGUCCUGAAGACGAAAAACAGCAUCAUCGGGGACGAUGUGGGGCUGACGCCCGCUUACAAACACCGUCACUCAGACCUGGUAAACGUUCCUGAGGAGCCGAUCGAGGAGGAGGAGGAGGAGGACAUGGAUGAAGAUGAGCGGGUGGUGGAGUACCGGGAGGAGAGGGAGAGGGAGAGGGAGAGGGGGGCCCGCAGCACCACGGCCCCCCUGCGCAGGCCCAGCCCCUCUGACUCGGGCUCCGACUCGGACGAGAUGGACUAUGACCUAGAGCUCAAGAUGAUUUCUACCCCCUCCCCCAAGAAGAGCAUGAAGAUGACCAUGUACGCAGACGAGGUCGAGUCCAAGCUCAAGAGCAUACGAAACUCCAUGCGGUCGGACACUGUGGUCAGCAGCAACGUCAAGAACCGAAUUGGAACUGGAAGCAAGACCUCCUCGGAGACUGUCACCGACGUCCGGCUCCUAUUGGAGGAGAAACGGCAGAAUUCCACACAGCAGCACCCGUCGUCCAGCACAACCAAAACAGAUGUAAGGCAGCGGCUGGGCAAGAGGCCGCACUCCCCCGACAGCCGGGCCGGUAAAGUGAGCGUCAGCAGCCCUGCCCCCGUCCCCCGCAGGGAGCCCCUCAGCGACGUGCACAGCCGGCUCGGGACCCCCAGGCAGGACCCCCGGGGGAUCUACUCCCAAAACAGUAAAGACAAGAAGCCAGCUGGGAACCUGUGGAGUCGGCUGGGCUCUUCCUCCUCCUCCAGGUCCCAGAAAAAGGAGAAGCCGUCGCCGAGGAAGGCAGUGGCUGCGAGAGGGAGCUCGGACUUAGAGAAGGAGGAGGACGACUUGGAGCUGCAGAGGGUGUGGGGCAACCUGAUCAAGGAGAAGAAGGAGAAGGAAAAGGAGCAGUCCCUGAAGAAGAGCCGGCUGGACAACCUGCCCUCUCUGCAGAUCGAGAUCAGCCGGGAUAGCAGCAACGGCUCUGACAGCGAGUCCUGAGAGAGAGAGGGAGAAGGGGGGGGGAGGGGGGCGGAAAGGACUUUAAAUUGAGAGAAAAGACCACGACAAAUGCAGCUACACCCUGCAGUGUGAGACCGAGAGAGGGAGAAGCAGGACUAAACUGUUGCGUAGCAGUUUUGAGCUGUUUCUGGUUUUACUGUGGUAGAUCGCAGUGCAGCCUGGCACACCUCGAGCUGAGCUACGCAUUGACAGUUUAAACUCCAACCCUGGACUUCAAUUAAAAGAAAGACGAGGGGAGAGAAAAAAAGACUCCUGAUCUUGACCUCCACCAGCAGUGCGACGCAGAGAGAAACAGGACUUCUAUUUAAAGAAAAGAAAGAUAUAAAGGAAGGAGGCCAUGCAAAGGGACUUUUCUAAAAGUAAACCAAGAUUGUGUUGUAUUUUUCACCCCCCCACCACCACCACCACCUCUAGUAUGUGGUUUCUUCUCAUACAUGGAGGUGCUGUAUAUAGUCUUGAGUUCCAGACAAUCGUUCUUGCAUCUUGCUGCCGUGAAAUCCCCAGAGAAGCUGUACUGUGGCGUGCCUGUCCUGUCCUGUCCCGUCACACAUCCGUUUGUGAUGAGUACUGUACUGGAGUUCUGCUCGUCUAGGCUUGGGGGGCGGGCCUGGGUUUAGAUCAGAGGUCGGAUAUGUUAGCUGCUGUUCUUGUUAGUUUUUUUUUUUUUUUUGACUUGUCAUGUUUUUUCUUAACUGUAAAAAAUGGGAAUUCUAUCAAAACCUACUGUCCUAAUUGAAAGCAACUCCACCUGUCUGUCCCGCACUGGCAGGCUCACACUGCAUCCCAGCCUUGUCUGGCUUUCAACACUGGUCCCCUUUGUUUCAUUUUUAUUUUGUAUUCCAAUAGAAAGGUAAAUAUUAUAGGUAUUGCAAAAAAAAAAAAAUUUAAACAACAUUAAUUGAGUUGUUUUUUUUAAAGCUAGUUUGAUAACAUUUAAAUAUGUACACCUGUUUUCCCAUUGUCACUAUAUGAUGGUAAAUUCAUCAUCGCGGAUAGAAAUCCAGCUUUUUAACAUUGUGUUCAGAUCCUUGUGUUGAUUGCAUUCCAAAGCCUGUUUUUUGUAGCGAUUUUUGCAACCAUAACCCUUGCUUUGAGCCAGUGUUUAUAAAAAGAAAAGGUAAUGGGCAGAAGCCUCAAACGCGGUUUACUCCAAACUGACAUUAGCUCAUUUCUUUCUGAAAGUGUUAAACACAUUAAGACCGCUCCCAGCGCGCUGGUGUCUUCUCUGCAGGUCUGGUCAUUUUGUCGGGUGCAUUCUGCCAAUGAAGAUUUGGAGUAAGCCUUGAGAGUCUAGCCCAUUCCAUACAUGUCAAAAAAGAUUAUAAAAAAUAAAAGAAAAUGUGUAAAAUGAUCUAAAGUAUAGUGUGAGCGAGUGCCAGCCAAAACAUGCAAAGCUCACCGGUUUCUGUUCCUUUCUCAGUGUGCGUUUAUUGCCUUCUUGCUGAGAUUGCUCUGUGAGAAAGCCUAUUGACUAAUGAAACAGUACCCGAGGUGGCUGUUGUCUUGGCAGUGCCUAGCUUUGUAUACGUGUGGCUGUACGUUGCAGGAGGCAGUCUGCUGUAUUUAAAUGCGUGAUAAGUAUGGGGUCAGUAAUAAAGAUCGAGGCGCCUGUGACAUGCUAGCAUCAGAAUUUACUGAAACCCCUUCAGUAUGUCAGUAGAACCUUCCUGGAGUUUCAGAUUCACAGAAACACAAUCUCGUAUAGUUCAAUACCUUGUCCUUUUGUAGCUGCUUGUAUUCCUCAUUGGAAAGCGACAAAACCUCACCGUUCCUAAUCUCAGCAUGAUGCGUAGACUGCAGUGUUUGGCAUCGCCUUUAUGACUGGAAAGCAAGCAAGUGGAGAAAGUAAGCAAGAGGGGGAGACACCAAAACCACAGAGACUGCAGUAAACAUUGCCUGAAGCUACAUGUGCUGCAUUAACCCAGUGCGCCUUGCCUUUUCAGAGCAGCAAAACACAACACAAGCUGCUCCUUGUUUUUCAUCAUAGCAAAAUGAAAGAUUCUGAUCACCGGCUAACAGUAUAUCUGUGAUGUGUGCUAGCUGCAUGACAUCAGCACAGUCAUAUUUGUACGCCAGACUCAUGAAUUGACUUUGUGACAUCAUGGCAGUGUGAUUCCAGAUUCAAUCCUUUUAUUUAUUUAAAAUCCACUUAGGGUUAGAGAAAUAGGCUUUAAAAUCCCUUCCCCAAAAAUGAAUAAUCAUUCAUAAAUAUAUCUGAAAGAUAACGUCUGAUUACUGGGAAAUGACAGGUCGCUAGGGCAAUGGGAAGACGACGGUUGCAGAGGUUUGAUCUCCCGAAAUUCACACCAAUGUUCUCUAUAAAAAGGACCCACGUUGUGGCUUGCCCUGAUAUGCAGACCUGGAAAGUAAAAUGAUUUACUGCAGAUCAGCUCAAAGUCGUGCAAGGUUGUGGGGGCGAUCGUGCAGCAGUGCUGGGCUGCCUUCAAACACUGCAGCGGCGUGCUGUAUUUCACGGGUCAACCUGAUCACCCUGGACAGCGCCGGUCACUGACCUGGUGCGACCGUGUCCUGGCUGCGUCACACAGCUGCGCAAUUCUUGCUGUAAACGUCAUGCGCAGACCUGCUAUAUAUUGGCGUGCACGCCUCUCGUCGCUCUUUCAGUUCUGCAGCGCUGCAGUGUGGUUGGGGUUAGAGUUAGGCUAGCGCAUAGCUGCCAGAGAAUAUGUAUUUUUUUUUUAAUGGUUAGUUAAUAACUCGGGGCGCUUGAUUUGGAGAGUGAAUGCAUGCGCGUUGUGGGGUGGUAGCUUUCUUUUCACGAGAAUGCUAUUUUUGAAGCAGGACGUGAGGACCACGUGUUUGCAUCCUGGGUGCGGAUAACUUGCAAACACGCGUUUUUAAGCAGCAACUUCAACACGCGAGGAUGCGACCUAGCCUGCGUGUGCACAAGAGCAACUUCAACACGCGAGGAUGCGACCUAGCCUGCGUGUGCACAAGAACUCUGGGGAGCUGACAUGGUGGACUGAGGGAAUCCUGAAUAUUCCUGCAGCGUAACAGUUAGCCUGCUGAGGAUGGAGAGGACCCAGGACCUGAAGGAGUGAAGUAUGCCUUCACGCUGUACAGCUGCGGGGUCUCGGAAUACUUUGCAGGUUUGCCAUGGAGGGUCUUUCAAGUGACAAAACCCCAGCAGCUUCCUCCAGUCUGAACGGAGAGGAGUGUUCUGAUGGGCACAUCUCUGCGAAAUGCUUCAAUAAAGACUUGGAAUGCAA